AUGAAAAAAUAUGAAGAAGCUUUAAUUUUAUAAAAAUAAGUUUUGGAAAUCAGGAAAAAAUAUUAAGGACCAUAGUCUAAAGAUAUUAUAACUUCUCUUGAUAAUAUAGCCUCAAAUUUAUAUGAUAGUGGAGAAUAUGAAGAGGCUAUAUAAUACUAUGAAGAAGAACUUUCGUUAAUGGAGAUUUUGGAACCUGAAAAUAAAGCGAGAUAGGCUACCACUUUAAAUAAUAUUGCGUGGUCUAAUCUUUUUAAUGUCGGAAAACUUGAUGAAGCAUUGGAAAUGACUAAGGUAACUCACUGGAAAUGA